UAUUAAAAAGAAGAAAGAAAGAAGAACCAAGUGAAGGUGCGAUUACAGACAGGAACGAGACCGGUGACCGAAGCUCUGUGAUGAUGGACUCAAGUGCGCCCACCUCAGGAAGGGACUAUGAUGACAAAUCUCCAGCACCUUUCAUGUUUAAUAGAUGUGGCCAGACUAACAAAGUGAAUAAAGCCCCUGAUGGAUGGCACAGUUUGACCGCAGGUGGUACGAGGCAAGUUAAGAAUGGGCUGCUGCCCACUGAGGGGGCUUUUGGAUUGGAAGCGUGGAGGUUUUUGUUGGACAAGCUGCAAGAGGGAAAAGAGGAUGAAGUGUUGAACGCGUUGAAGACGGAGAUGAAGCAAAGGCAGAAGCGAGAAAGAAACAGAAUACGCGACGCGGUGCAAGAGAAAUUAGACGCUAUGGAUGAGGGGUGUAUGCCACUUGAAGAUGAGAGGCAGACUAAGGAAGAAAGUGCGGGAUUACCUAAGGGGGCUCAGUGCUUAGCUAAAACAGGAGGGCUGCACGUCCCGGACCCCAAAAGACCACUAACUCCAGGAGAUGCGAGGCCCGUGUCUGUGGUGGGACUGCAACUGGGGCUCAGUCCACUCCUUCAAGCUGCAGCCACCCCAACCACCAGCCCUGCCGGACUCCAAAGUGUGAUUGUGUCACAACAACAUCUCCUCCAUCAGCCCCCAGCCCAAGGACCAGACGAUGAAGACAUUUAUUCGGCCCUGCCGAGGGAUGAUGACACCCAGUCCCUUAAAGCCCCUUUAAUACAGAAGGCUGAUGGUGUAAAGACUGACCAUCCCAAGCCGUGGUCUUCCUUUGAAGUCUACACGAUUAUCCGGAAUGUUCCGAAGCCCGCAGACAACCAUCACAAAUUUGUGCAGGAGAUCGAAGCCUUGCGGGUGUCCUAUGACUUGACCAUUGGAGACGUCGAGCAAGUCAUGAGGGGGGUCUUGGGGGAAUCCGAAUGGCUGGCAGUGAAGAGGUCAGCUACGGCAGAGGGGGACAAGAACGGGAGCGGCUGGCCAAACACCCCAACGCCACCCUUCCAAGAACGGGAGUGGUUGGCACUCCAGGCGGCCUUACUGAUUAGAUACCCGCGCAAAAUCAACUGGAGCGCGGCCACCAACGUUCAUCUGAGAGAUGGAGAGGGGCUCUACGACUUCUGGGACCGCUGCAAGGAGACCUUCCUGCUGCAUUCGGGGCUGCAGUGGGCCCAUAACAUGGAGUCCCUCAUUAACGCCAACUUUGUUAACGGGCUGCCGCCCAGUAUUAAGAUAUUAGCCCAGCAGGACCCCUGCUUCAAUGAUGACCCACCCAAUAAACUGAUCAGGCAGGUGCAAAUCUGGAUGGAGAAGGAGAAGGUGAAAGCGGCCACGGAGACGGCACACAAGGGUGCCUUUAAUCAGGGGGCCGCCAACCAGCGUUUGAAGAGACGGAGCCACAGCAGAGGAAGAGACAGAGCCAAGGCUAAUGUAAAAUGGAGUCAAGUGCAGCAGCAGCUGCCACCGCAGCCUACGUUGUGCCAUCAAGCAGAACAGCCACCUCCAUAUUGCCAAACCCCUUUUAAUUGUUACCGGUGUGGCCAGCCGGGUCACAUUAGGCAGAAUUGCCCUUUCAAAGGUGGAAAAACGGAGCAGCGGCAGAAUUCGCAGCAAAUCAUCCAUUGCCAAAAUGCCACAACAACUACUGCUGCUCCAUCUCUGGAGUCUUCUUCUCUUCCUCUUCCUCUUCCUCCUCCAUUUCCUGUAGUGAAUGUUGAACUGAACAAGAAGAGUUUCGGAUUUGUAGUUGUCCCCACCGCCUGAAGCUCCAUUAAUGGGUGAACAAGUGGCUCUUAUCAGGGUGGGAGGACAACCACAUGGCACACCUCAUGGGAGUCAUUUGAGGCACCUAACCAGCAGAACCUCCAUUCUUCCUCUCUGAUCUCUCAACCUGCUGGGUAAGGACCUUUACGUUUACUUAUAUGGCAGCUUACAACAGCUGAGAACCAUUCAACUAAUUAAUUCCAAUUGGAGCUGAAGUGACCUGCUCAGGCUCACAUGGUGUCAGUAGUGGGAUUUGAACCCACAGUCCAAGAGCCUUAACCUGCUAUGUAAACUCGGCGGCCACAUUUCCUGCACACCUGAUGGCCUAAACUUGGAACAACCCUUAACACGCUAAGUGACGAGAAGCUUCCUGGACCUCCGACUUCCACCAUACGGACAGCUGACCAUCACACCUGAAUGAGCUUCCCAUCCCAUCCCAUCCCAAAGCCAUGGACCUCAACAUGGAGCCGCAGCUCUUACAACCUCCACUUUUCAGGCUCGGUCAUGGAAACCCACUUCCUGACACCCCUUGUGUUGAUGUUACUUCAGGGAGGGUUUGGAACUCUACUGUGGGCGACGCCACCGAGGACAGGCCCUGCGUACCCACUUCAGCACUCUGAGGGAGCACAUGCUCGACUCUGGGAGCUAAAGAGUUAAAUGAUUAAAACCCAGAGAAAAGUGCGGAACUUCGGAAAAGUGGGAGUUGAAGGCCAAGGACACGGCAGACGCAGCCCUGGAAAACAUGCAGGCAACCAGCUUCACGUGUAGAAUUCAAGGCUGGCAGCUGAAUAGCCAACAGUGGCGCCUGCCCGAGGGACGUCCUGUGUGGGAAUCAAGGAGAUAAAGAGAAAGGCACCUGAGUUUGAGGGCUACAAGGGGACUAAAACUGCUACUGGGGAGUGUGUGUGAGUGUGUGUGUGUGUGUCAGUGGCAGGUAUCGGACAUUGAUAUUGUUUUAUGAGGUAUUAGGCAGGAGCUGGAGCACGGUGGCACAGUGGUUAGCACUGGCAGUGGGACAUGAAGGUUCAAGUUUGCAUGUGUCUGUGCAGAGUUGGUAUGUUCUCCCUGUGUCCCCGCAGGUCUCCCAUAGUGCUCCACAGAUGGCUGUGCAGAGGGUGUGUGUCUUCUCCCUGUGAGUGUGUCUGUUUUCCUACGAAUGUUUUCUGGCUGUGCCCUCUAUUGGAUGACCUGGGGUGGCGCCGUCAGAGGCUGUCGGGCGUUCGCUUGUCCUGAUCCGCGAAGUGAGUGACAGCGGAGUGUAAGGGUCAAGCAGUCGACUCGUCCUUCUGUAGAGUGUGUGAGUAAGUAGGUGAAUUGAUGAUCAGGUUGCCUUGUUAUUCUGUUACAUUUUAACGGAGAUAUGCAAAUCUGUUACGUAGAGUCGAGUGUCUAAAUGGGGGUCCGCGCCCUUUGUUCAUGGAGAAUCAGUGAUGGGGGGGGGGGGGUUCUCUCCUUUUAAACAAACAGAGUUAAAGACAGAUGGCAGUCUUCCUCCUGCCUGGGUCUUGGCGGUGAUUAAAUUCUUUCUGUGACAGUGCCAUGUUUAAAGUCACUGAGCUCUUCGGUAUGGGCAGACGUCUGCCAAUGGAGAUUGUGUGGCUAUGAGUUGGCGUCAACGCACCUGUUAACAAUGAACUGCCUUAUCUGAAGGGGUCUCACAUGUGUCUGGCUGUACGGCGACCAAACUGAACCUUUUAUGUACGAAUGCUGAGAUGAACCGAGCAGCAGGGUUUUCUCCUACAGUUCUGGUGCCACAACUCAACCUGCUUUUGCACUCAAGGCCUCUGUGGAGUCUCGCUGGGCGAGUCUUUGCGCCAUUGCAGCGCUGCUUCUUUUCUUAGGGGAAACUGGGAAGGCUGAAGCCUCCAACCUUCCCUGUCUGUGGGUCUGACAAUCGAUUUUUCUCUUUCUUUUCUCAUUUUAUAUCCCCUGGAGUGGGAUUUGAAAGACCCUUUGCAAAUUUGGAAUUGUGGGGUAGCUGGUCUACCGGUGUGUAUGCAAUGUGCUGACGAAUUCCUCGCAGGAGUCCGAAGGUUCGAUCGACUCCUGUUAUUAGGGAGUUGAGAGAAACCAGGAAAAGUCGGGCCCUGCAGGUUUUGUGACAGAUGAAGCUUUGUGGCUCAUCUUUACGUUGUGGGGAGUGAAUGUGAACACUCCGUUAACCUCCUUGGCGUUAACCCUUGUGAGACUCGGGCUCAGAAUUUGACGUAAAUCUGGUUAGACCCGAGUCAGACUCAGGGUGCCGUGUAAUGAUAUGCCUUAUAAUGUUAGGACAGUGUUCUGCUGCCAUCUAGUGGAUAAAAUAACAAAAAAACAGAAGUAUUUUGGGAACUCAUCAAUAUUCAUGAGUGAGGCGGAGCCUUAAAAGAGCAUAAUAGUGUGUAAACUGAAAUUGAGCCAUUGCUCGAACUGAGUGAUAGUGAUGGUGGUGUGAAUCGGUCAUCAGACGUUAAUACAGAUAGUGGAAGUGAUGCAUGAUAUGGAGCCGGAUGACCGAACCGCCAUGAUGUGCUGUGGUCACCUGAAGUUUCACUGUGGUCAGACAGUAGCUGUGUGGCUAAACGGCACGAUGUCAGAAAGACGUCAGCCUCCUGAUCACUGUGUCAGAGGAGAUGUGGAAGUCGUGAAGUCCUGCGCUGUGCGGGCCCACAGUAACACAAGGGGUGCGUCAGUCUUGUGGAUCAGGCGCUGACUUUCCAUGGCAGAAUAAACAUUAAAAGAAAAGAGCGCAAAGAAACGAGUGUCUAUGGUCCUGAUUGUGACGUCACUCGACGCCCGGGUGCUAAAUCUGCACCACUCUGCAGGCCUCUCCUGCUCUCUUCACAUCGAUGUCUUGAUAUUUAGGAGUUUCUUGUUCACGUAAUCACAGGUUUUCUUGUUCAACAAGAUCAACGUUGGUGAUUUGUUUUUUUAAAGUCUGCUCAUUUGCGGGACUUUAGAUCCUCCAGUCUCUCUGUGGCUGAUCUCGUCCUUCUCUUUUGUUUUACGCUCCUUUGCUUUGUGUAGUUCCUCACAUGAGCCACAGAUGGCGGGCGUCUGCCAUCCAUAAAAAAGAAAAAGGAGAUGAAGUUGAUAAAGGUGGGCUGCUUUCUCCCACCUUGGAUUUCAGGUUUCGAGGUGUUGAAGGGGAGAAGAUUCAACUUCUGUCUCGAUUUAUAAGGCGGUGGAGGACUGGCCGACCCCACUUUAGUAGAUGGGCGGUUCUGUGCCCUGAUCGGCCAAGGCUUCGCACGAGAAAGAUGGCAAAGGACUGCUGAUGUGAAGCGGGCCUGUCUGAAAGAAAUCCUCUGGUUGGAUUUAAAGGGCCUUUGUUUGAGCCCUCAAAGUGCCCGUCUUUGUUCUGAGGGAAGCCUGCUGUUGGUUCCCCUACACCUGUGUGUGUGUGUGGUCAGCCAGAGAAGGGGCAGGCAAAGGGGUUGGCAUGAAAUUGUAUGGCUUUGCACAGCCCGAUGUGUUUAAGUGCCCUCCGCAUGUUUGCCCACACCUCAGCUCCUCUCGUCACACGUGGUGGCCUGUGCCCGCUGGAUGCCCCCCGUCGCACAAACCUGCAAGUCACUGAUUGUGUGUUGUGAACUUGAACCCUGGUUUGGUGGGCACCUAGCGUGUGAUGUGGGUGUCCUGGGUCUUCUGAGCUGAGGUGCGAUUUUCGUAUUUUGCUGAGCUAAACGUCUGUGCUGAGUGACUUCAUUACCUAAAAUAGCAGAAACAGCAAAGGCUUCAAAAGAAACAAAGUUAAGAAAGAGGUCGUCGUUUAAAGCGGGCUUACUGCUUCUAUCAUUGUGGUUACGCUAAGCUUCCUGCUGACUGACUGGCCGGACCAGAAGGACAAGCUGUGCCCACACUGAGGGUUCAGGACGUGCAGGGGCGCCACACAGCGGUGCCCUCUUAACACUGGAUUGCCAGUCAGCCUGGUGGACCCGGUCAGUUGUGACCAUUUAAGGUGUCAAUGCUCCGCCAUUUCCUGUUAGCAACUAAAUGAAACCCCUGAUGUUAAAGGCCCUUUGCUAAUGGAACUGCGAUCUGACCAAUGGAGUGCAUAAAUAAGCCGCAGUGCCAGGACUGACUGGCGCUUCCUCCUGCCUGAGUUUUAUUGCCUCCAUCACGCAGGGAGAACAGGGCACCCGGUGGGGGUGCCGGUAAACUUCUCCACAGUGUGAGUACGGUUGUGCCUCCUGUACCCACUCCUGAUGGCCUCUCGUGUCUGCCCCUGCUUGCUGUUGUGCCACUUGUGCCCACACAAGUGCCGCUUUGUGUGAAAUGAUUGUUUGCAGUUUACAUGAGAAGGGAAGGCUGGCAGGACUUACUCGAGGUUCAUAUUGGGUGGAAAUUCCUCGAUGUGUAAAUGUGCACAGGACUCAACCAAGAAUGGCAAGAGAAGAAACAUCGGUACGCACCAUGGCAGGGGGUGUUAAGCAAGUGAAGAAUAGUCAGCGGGCGAUGGGGGCCUCGUUUGAGUGGGAGAGGUGGGUGUUUUCAUCUGAUAAAUUAUGUGAUAGAUCUGAAAAGAAUUCACUACGCCGCAUAUAACGGGGAUCAUCGGGUCUGAAAUGUUAACAGCAUUACAGUAUAACUUCUUUAACAUUCAAAUUGUGAAAUCAAUUGCUGAAAAUGAAUAUGUGUAUUGUGUGCACUGAAUAAAAAACUUCAAAUGAACAGAACUCUGAAUUCAUGGAUCGCAGUUGGUUUUGUGUAACAUUUAGCAAAAUAUAAAAUGUCUCCUCUUUGGUUUAA